AUGUUCCUGACCUGCGAGGGGACUUUGGGCAUCGUUCCGGCCGCCAUGGAUUACAGCGGGCAAACCCGGCCGGCAGAUUUCCACGCUGGCUACCAACAAAUCGAAGGCAUCAACUUGGGCUACUUACAGAUCAACGGCACCCAGAUGUUCGCCCUGGCCCAGGUGCUCAGCCAGAUGUUCAAGGACAUCCCCAGGACCACCAUCAGCAAGAAAAUGGAAACGCUGAAGAUCAAGAGCCGCCGCUGCGACCUGGCCGAGCUGCGGACCCUCAAGGCCAUCCGCUCGGUGCCCACGCGAGCCGUCAAGUGCUCGCUCAUCUCCAAAGCGGACCUGGAGGCUCUCUGCACCUCCUGCAAGAGCCUCAGCCCCCGGCGGAGGAAGAGGAGGAGGAGGAAGACCCCCAGCCCCGCGCCCGCCGCCCCCGGGGAACCACGACCGGAGCAUUUCGAUCGCCUGAUCCGCCGCUCCAAGCUUUGGUGCUACGCCAAAGGUUUCAACCUGGACGGGAAAGAUUUGCGGAAUUCCAGGACGAGCCCGGAGCCCUGGAGGGGAGCGGAGCUGCGGUUCCAACCCGAGGGUCGCCAGGACAGCGGCGCCAAACGCCGGCGCCUCUCCAGGGUCACCGAAAGGCAGCGCGGCUCCUCCAAAGCCAGACCUCCAAAAAACACCAGGAGGAAUUGCAAGAAGGGAAACGCUCCCUGUAAAACCAGCCCGGCUCGGAAUUCCUUCAGCCUGAUGGGCAACUUCCCCUGCACGCCCUCGCUGGUGGUGGGCGAGGACGGCGACCUGCGCCCGGCCUCGUCGCUGGGCGGUCAGAAGUCCUGGGCGCUGUCCAAGACUCACCCGCUGUGGCGCUGGCACUUGGGGGGCAGCGCCAGACCCGCGCCCCCCAAAUUCCGCGGCUGCGCCAGCCUGGAGCAUCCCUGA